UUCUAUAAAAAGACGCGCAACUGAUGCUGCCAAAUCGAGUACACCGUUGAACUUCUGUAGAUUAAACAUCGUACCAUGUCGAUGUUGGCGAUCUCUUGUCAAGCAAACUUGAGCAAAAUGUUGUUUUAUUUGUCGCUGAUUGUUGCAUCGCCAAUUCUCAUUACUGCGUUCCCACAAAAUUCGGCUGAUGGAUCUUCAAUUCGACAAGAUGGUUUUAUUUUUGACGGUCCAGUAGCUUCCGGGCAACCUAAUGGACAACAAAAAAUUACUUCAACAUCCACAACUGUGAUGUCUACUACUUUGUCUGAUGACUUAUAUAAUGUAUGCUUAGGGAACUGCCCGACGACACAGGAAUACAAUCCUGUUUGUGGCACAGACAAAAUUGAUUACACCAAUCCAGUAGGAUUGGGCUGUGCGCAACGUUGUGGAAAAGAUGUGACAUUAAACUAUUAUGGACGCUGUUCAACAGGCAGAACUGGAUAAUUUACAAUUUUCAUUAUACAAGUUCAUAAAAAUAAAUGUUUUAACGAAAAAACCGGCAAGUAUAAGAAACAUGAACGUAUUUACACACCGUUAUGUAUGCAUAUAUAGUUAAGGAAAUGUGUUCAAUUGUUUUUUGAACGAGCAUAAUAAUUUAUUGACUAUUUACUU